ACUCCAUAUCAUAGAACAUUAGAGAAUCAUCAAAGAACUCACACGGGUGAAAAACCAUAUGCUUGCAGGAUGUGUGGAAAGCGCUUCUCUCAAAGUGCUGGUCGGAAGGCACAUGAAAUAACUCACUUGAAGGGAUAGUGUAUACAAUUGAGAAGAAUGGAUUGCGUAUUAAGAUGCACUGCUGCUCUUUCUGCAAUUACUCUACGCAUCACAGUGGCCAUUUAAAGACCCAUUUACAAACUCACACUGGGGAAAGACCAUUUCCUUGCUCUAUCUGUGGCAAACGUUUUACGCAAAAAAUUCACAUGUUAUCUCAUAAAAGAAUUCAUGAGAGGAGGGGUUCUUUUAAAAAAACAGUCCUGAGGUUUCCUGGAAACAGACGUGGAUUAAAGGUCCAUUGCUGUCCAUACUGCAGUUAUUCCACAUCUAAUAGUGGCCAUUUAAAGACUCAUCUCAGGGUUCAUACUGGUGAAAAACCAAUUUUUAUAUUCAAUUUAUCCAUUACUUUCCAUUUUCUCUUAGGUCUGAUUUUUAUGGCUUGUGGUUAUGAAAUGAAAGUUCAUAAAUGCCCUUAUUGUAUUUAUUCUUCACGUCGCAGUGAUGUUUUGAAGAUCCAUAUCAGAACACAUACUGGAGAAAGACCAUAUACAUGCAAGAUUUGUGGCAAGAGCUUUGCACAAAAAUCUACUUUAAGGUCUCAUAAACUGACUCACAUGAGAAAAUUGACUCUUGUGACUAGUGGAGUUAAUUUUGGAAAGAGAGUCCAUAAGUGUCCUUAUUGUACUUAUACUACCUAUCGUAGUGACCACUUGACGUUGCAUAUCAGAACACACACUGGAGAGAAGCCAUAUGCAUGCAAGAUUUGUGGCAAGAGCUUUGCACAAAAAUCUACUCUGGUGUCGCAUAAAAUAACUCACAUGAAGAAAGUCAUCAACGUUAUUCAACGAUGCAAUAGAUAUUUAACAUUAAAGUACUUUUUUCUUUUAGAACUGACUUACAUGUAUCAGGGAAUGAAGUAUUACAAGUGUCCUUAUUGUAAUUAUUCUUCCCUUCGUAAAGAUGUCUUGAAGAUCCAUGUGAGAAUACACACUGGAGAAAAACCUUAUACUUGCAGCAUGUGCGGAAAGAGUUUCACGCAAAAGUCGAAUUUAAAGAAGCAUGAGAUGAAGAAAUUAUGCAAAAAUAAAUUCUAAAGUAUAUACUGUUCUACAAAAUCUGUUGACAUUUCUUGGUGACUUAUCUUUAUUUUACUGAAUGUAAAGUAGAUAUCCUAAACAUGCAAUGUUUUAUAUAUUUAGGGGGCUUUUUUUAAAUAAUAGUGCAGAAUUUAUACUCAUUAAAGUAUUUGGAUUAUCUUAUCAAAAAUUUUACUUUUUUUUCUUAAAGUAAAAGGUUUUCUAAAUAGUAAAUGCUUUAUCAGUAUGAAAUACCUCCAAAGCAUAUUAUAUAAUAUUGAAUUCUUACUUUUUAUUAGAUUUUUUGAAUGGAAAUAAGUCCCAAAUUACAAGGACAAUCAUCAUUAAUGUUGAUUGUCCGUGACUGUCCCAGCCGCUUGUGAUUUUUAUUUCAGUCCAGAACUGAUCUCCGUAGAGUGGAUUAGAUUAAAGAAGGAAAUAUUAUAAGUGUCCUUAUUGUAAUUAUUCUACACUUUGUUUUGUCUUGGAGAUUUACGUCAUAAUAUACACUGGAAGAAACUAUAUGCAUGUAACAUUUGUGGCAAAAGCAUCUUCCAAAAAUCUAAUUUUCACGAGACAUGAAACAUAGAAAUUGUGCAUCACAUGUGUAUCAUGGUAAAAUGCAUCCUAACAAUAUUUGCAAAACUUUUCUCGGUUACUCCUAUUUAUCUUGCUAAAUUUAAAGUUGAGCUACUAAAAUAUUUUAGAAAAAAACUUUCUUGCAUAAUGUGUCAAAAUUGUAACCCAAAUAAGUGUACGGCUACAUCAUCAAAAAUGUGCACUCUUUUCUUCUUUCAAAUAAAGUUAUAUCUGAAGAGUAAGUGAUUUUUGUGAUACCAAUGCAGUGACUGCCACUAAUGAAAUCACUGUAUUCUAAAACCAGCAAAAAUAAGAAGAAAAAAUUGUAAAAGUCAAAUCUGCAAGAACGGAAUCAUAACAAUAUCAUGGCAUGCUAAAACCAUCAUCCUCACUACUUUUUCUUUUCCGAAUAAUUAGAAUUCAGACAUUCCAGUUUAUAAAAUCAAAUGUUCUUAGAAUUGACAUGAUUUUAAUAGGUGGUGAGUACUGUAUUUGCCUUUAUUAUUUUAUUCCUGAAAAUUUUCCUAUGUAUGUAUCAUGUUAUACUAAAUUCUUCCCUUAUUAAAGUAUUUCUUAUUUUGAUACAAUCGCAGAAUUUUAUCUCAGUACUUUUGUUUGUUCUUGAAUGUUCCACCGACUUGUAAUUUUUAUUUUCUUUCAGAACUGACUCUUAUUACUGAUGGAUUUAAUCUUGGAAUAAAAUAUCACAAGUGCCCUUACUGUAAUUAUACUUCCCUUCGUAAAGAUGUCUUGAAGAUCCAUGUCAGAAAACACACUGGAGAGAAACCGUAUACAUGCAAGUUCUGUGGCAAGAGCUUCUCGCAAAGAUCUAAUCUAAUGACACAUAUGAAGAAAACAUACUGCAGAUAUUAGUUCUAAAACAUCUUUAACAUUAGUAGGCAAAUGCUUGAAAACUUUAUAUAGGCAGAAAUCAGAUAAUUUUUAUUAAACAGAAAUAAAAUUGCUGAAAAUGUAUGUACUAAGCUGAUCCAGAAAUUAAGUAUGGCUUAUGCAUGUCUUUGGGUUAUGCAUGUCUCACCAACUGUGAAAUAAGUUUUUAAAUAUUGGAAAUGAAUCUUUCAAAAUUCAUUUGGCUAAGAGCAAAUUUUCCAUCAUAAUAUGGAACUAGGUCUAUGUGACUUCUAAUUUUUUUUCUCAUCUCGAAAAAAGUCUUGUUGACUAGCACUUUGCAUGUGCUCAGGGGACAGAGCCUUCUUCGUUUAAUGAGGUGAACAGGGUCCAAAUCCCAGAGUUGGUUGGUCAAUUCUAAUUCUGCACUCAGCUUGCAUUGACCACAGUGCUGACAAAAAAUAUCCUUUAGUCGUAGAUGGAUCAUUAGUUAAUGUCUCGUUGCCGUGGAAGGUUUUUGUGGUUUUCCUUUCCAUGUAACUCAAAUGCAGGUUAUUUCCAUCAAAGAGACCUCCACAUAGGCAAAUUUCUCCCAUUACUUAAUCCAAUAAUUUCCUUGUCUUCUGGAUUGGGUUUAAAAUUGCAAGGCUACGGAGUUAAUCAUUCGUUGUUGUAACCCCAAAAAGUUGGGUUGGCUUUUCAAUAAAGGUUAUAAAAUCACAGAAGAUGCUAGGAAAUCGUCCUGGUCACAGACAGCUGAAAUCAGUUAAAGAAUGUAACACAUGCCUUUGUAAACAUGGUUUAUAUGUUGCAACGUUCUAGGCGUGUAGAUUUUCCUGUAGUUAAAUUCAAAUUAUAACAUAUUGCUAAUCUUUUUUAAUGUCCAAAGAGUAUUUACCUCAUGGAUGUGCUUUGUUUUAGAUUAUGAUAAGUAGCAGUAAUGUUUUGCUAAUGAGAUUUUAUAUUAGUUUUUAUUCUGUUUCUGAUAUUUUCCUACUUCAUUCUAUAUUAUGAAAGCUAUCCUUUGUUUAGAAUUUCCAAAACCAUUUAUUAUUAGCCUUCACAUUUACUCUUUUUUUAAAAAAAUGAUUUAUGCUACUAGAAUUAUAUUGUAACUGGUCUGAUUUUUUUUUUACAUUGUGAUAAUUUACUAUCUAUGUAUUACAUUCUUUCUGGAUGUUUCAAAAUCAUUUGCUCUGGGGGUUCAUUGCUUCUCACUAAUAUUAAUGAAAGCUGAGAACAAAAAAUCUGACUAUUAUAAAAACAAAACUGCAAAUUUCAGAAUCAAAUAUAAAAAUUAUGUCAUGACAUUUUAUGAAGAAAGCUAGUCUUUUUGACUUAUUAUUCACUCAAUUUAUGAAAACAAGAAAUUUAGCUAUUAUAAAAACAAUACUGUAAAUAUCUGAAUGAAAUAUGAAAAUUAUGUGAUGAAAUUUUAUAAAGAAAACUAGUCUUUUUUGACUGGGUUAGGACCUUUAGCUAAGAAACCUAAUGCAUUGUUGUAUGGACCAUUAGAAUGAGAUAUGUGUGCCUCAUGUGCUCCACGAAAUAUCCUCCUUGCUAACUCGGUCAUGAAAAAAAAAAAGUACUUCAAUUAUGUCUUCCAACUGAUCUGGCUUAAAGUUAUGAAUUUUUAUUAAAAGGUUGCAAGUUCUUGUCACCAAUUACAAGAUCCAAUUUAUUUGCUUGACGGAAUUGGUGUUGGAAUGAAAAUUCAUAAAUGCCUCUAUUGUAAUUAUUCUACACUGCGAAAAGAUCACUUGAAGUUGCAUACUAGAACACACACUGGAGAAAAACCAUACGCUUGCAAGAUGUGUAGCAAGUGCUUUGCGCAGAGAUCUGCACUCGUAUCUCAUGAAAUAACUCACUUAAAGAAGACAUUGUACAAAAAUUAAUAUUUUUCUUAAUAAUAUCAAUACAGAAUCGCAAACUACUAAGAAAAACUAAAAAUUAUGCUUUUUUUCUUUCUUGAUGACAAACCUUCCUUUAAAAAGGUUAUCAAAUGACAUUAGAGCUAAAUCUCUUGGCUGAGCUGAUCUAGGAUGUUUUAUUUUUUGUUAUUUUUAGAACAAUUUUAGAAGCUUGUUUAUUAUACUAAAAUGAACUAAAGUUUGUUUUAUUAAUGUUUGAACAUUUAACAUUUAUGUAAGCUUUGAGCAUUUUUUUGUAUGGUUUGCAUUAUACGAAAUGUAACCUCUGGUUUUUUCCCCAUUUAGAAUAAAGAAUGUAUUUGAAAGAAAAUAUUUCCAUUUUAAUUUACAGUUUAAAAGAUCCUAAGAUAAAUAACUGCUGUAAGGGACUAGUAAAUCUGAAGACACAGUGGCUUUUAGACAAUGUGAUCAGUCUACUUAUAGUUUAACAUUAAUGUAUGUUUCUAUUUACUUAAAAGCAAAAUUUUUUGCUUUAGUUUUUUUUAAAUAAAAAUCUACUUAAAUAAUCUUUUUAAGGAAUAUAUCUACAAAACUUGCCGAAAUAACUAAAAAAAAAAAAGAAAUUUUAACAGAUUUAAUUGCUUAAAAAAUUGCACUCUAGCAACCUUCUUGUUAUGAUGUUCAUGCUAUUAAACAAAUACAAAUUGAAAACAGUGACUCGUGUCUGAUGUGUCAGAAUUUUUUGACUGAUGUCUACAGUCUCUAUUUAUAAGGAUGAUUAAAAAUGAUCUUGUGAUCUGAGUAAUCUUUCAGUGGUGUUCAGAAGUUGUGGCUACACUGUCAAGUGUGAUCGAGUCAAUUCUGUUCUACAACUGGACUCAAACACUUAAAACUGAAGAACUUUUGUUCUAGUAAAUUCUGUAAUAUUGUGUAUACAGCUAGACUUAAACACUUAAAGCUGACAGAUUUUGUUCUAGUAGACUUGAUCAUUUUUGAUCUGUGUUUCUAAGUUAAGAAUAGCUUAUAUUGUAUAGUUUUAAGCUUUUUCCCAAAAGGAUAACUGGUGUUUUUAAAUAACAUGGUCAUAUUUUGCUAUUUAUUGACUUGAUCACUUUUGUUUGUCAACUCUUAUUUCUUUUAAAUCUCACUAUGUUUACUUUUAGUAAUUUUAUAACUCUUAAAAAAUAUUUGUUUUUAUGCUGCUAGUAUUUUUACAUACAUAAAUUUUUAAUUUUAUUUCCAGAACUGAUUUAUUUUACUGGUGAAAUUAGACGCAGUUUGAAAAAGCAUCACUGCCCUUACUGUAAUUAUUCAACACAUCGUAGUGAUGUUUUGAAGAUUCAUCUCCGAACACACACUGGAGAAAAACCGUAUGGGUGCGAGUUGUGCGGAAAGCGUUUCACUCAGAAAUAUACUUUAGUGUACCAUAGGAAAACUCACAUGAAAAAGAAGAAUUUCUAAACAUUGUUCUAUGUAUUGAACUAUAACUUACACAAUGUUACUUUUUAUUGAUUGUGCUACAUUUUCACUUAUAUUUUUUAUUUAUGGUAAAAAAAAAUCAUAAUAACAUUAAGCGUGAUGGUGUUUUCUAGGUUUGGGGAAAAAGGCAAAUGUUUUUGAAGAAAAGUUUCAAACAUCUGAUGGAUGUAAGAAAAAAAAUGUAAUAAAAAGGCACAAAUGCACUUUUUGCUCUUACACAACUUUGAAUGCUGGAAACUUAAAUCAACAUUUACGAGUGCAUACCGGAGAACGGCCAUUUAUUUGCGAGUUAUGUGGUAAAAGAUUUGUGCAAAAACAGCAUUUGCAAGCACAUAAUUUCACUCAUUUAUCCAAAAAACAUUAACCACUAAAACAAUUUUUAUUAUAUGUUUAAACAUUAGUAUGUAUUACUCAAGUAUGUAAUACUUCAUUUGUUGUCAAAUUUUUUUCUUUUCAUAUUUUUUAAAUUAAUUUUGCCCUAAUCGUAGGUGUUAUUGUUUAUUUAUGCUCAAAAAUACUGAUUGUAUUGAUAUAACUACAGAAUACAAUUCUGUUAACAUGUGUGAAUCUUAAUAAAUUUUUAUAACUAUUU